UAAUGAAUUUUAACUUACUUUAAUUCAAAUUAAUUUUAAAAUAUUCAUUAAUAUUUUAUUUUUCAGAUUUUAGAAGAAAUACAAGAAGUGACAAAUACAGAGCAAUCGUUAUGCCCCUUUCACAUUUAAUUUUUGAUUUCAAAAGCAAAGAACUUGAUAAAUAUCGAGUUCAAAAGCAAAGUAUAGGAGCUAUUUAUAACGAUGACGACCCCAUGGUUUACAACUACAUCGACACUGCUGCCAACUUCAUUGGCACCGUUACAGACCCCCAAGUAGAUGGAAACUUUUACAAAUAUUUAUCUCAAGAAGUACCAGAAACCUGUAUCGUUUAUCGUGAACCACACUUUUUGGAAAGAGCUAUCUGCAGAUCAGUUGUCGACGACCGGUUUCGUACACAGCAUAGGUUAUUAGACGGCUAUUUCGCCAAAAGCUUAAGACCUGAUCCUUUCAACGCUCAUGAUUAUUGGGAACGCGCAUUGCAUCGUUUUAAAUAUCAAGUCUAUGUUUCAAAAGUCUCGGAUAAACUUCUGUAUCACAAAAUGCUAAAGACAGCCGAUGAUUUGGAAGAAGAAGAUCUAUGUGGCGAUUGCCAUUCAAGUAUCGCCUCUUCAUAUGGUGGGGAUAAUGAACCUAAAAGAAAAUUCACUUUUGAAAUGGCUAAGCAAGGGGCCAUAUAUGCCUACGUCUAUGCUUCCAAUUUAUUUAGAAAGGCGCCUACCCGUCUUUCAGUUUUGUUUAGACUCCUAAUGAAACGAUACUUGGAAAAUGACAAAAUCAGGUACAAAUGGGAAAAGAUUCAAAGAUUUCCCUGUGAAAGAAAGUUGAGUCAUAAAAAUGAUAUGAGAAGGCUAGCGACGGGUUACACCAAACGUUGGUACUUCUAUCCAAUGGAGUGGGACAUGUAUGAAUUCAUAAAAUCAUUGAUUGUAAUAAGGACCGGAGUAUUGGGUAAUAAAGACCAACCUAUCUGCCACACACCUCUACCAAGUGAUAAUGAAGAGGAAAUACGAUAUUUCAUAAAAAAUCAUUUCCCUCUGCACAGAAAUAGAAGAAGAAAAACUAUAAAACGAAUCCCAGACGAAUUGGGAAAACGUAAUUUCAGAAGACUUAUCGAUAUCCGUAAAUCAUUUAAAGAUUCUCAGAAAGUGAUCACCAGAACGGAACGAAAGGAGGCAAUUGAAUUACGUCACAAAAUCAACUUGUACAUGCUAACUCCGGAAGAAAAAGAAUUUUUAGGAAAAUUAAGAUUGCUUCACCGCUUUUUUUUGAAGAGGAGAUACAAAUGUCAUAAAAGAAAGCAGGCGGACAGGAUUGAAUGGAGGAUCACGCCCAUAUACAGCAUUAAGAAAAAUUCCCCUUUUACACACGAUGAGAUAGUGAUAAUGUGUGUCGGAACUGGACACAUACAUUAUAUUGGAAAAUUAACAAAGAAAGAAAUUUUAUUACUGACUGAAACAGCGGAAGAGUUUCAUAAUAACGGCCUUCUCAAUAUUGACAAAGAUAAAAUUUAUAUUUUGGCUAAUGUCAUUCCGCUUAUAAAAACAAUAACCACAUUAAAUAUAGGUUUAAAAAUGAGAAUAUUAAAUUCGAAAAAGUAUGGAAAGGCUUUUCGUAACAAAAUUGAGUACCUUUUUCACCAUUCGAACAUUGCUUUGAGAAAAGCAGUUCUGCUUGACAAUAAUGUAGAUAUCACCUGUGAACGCUGUAGAUGUUAUGUGAAGAAACCUCUCGUGAAAGGAGACUAUAAAUGUGAUCCAUACACAUUUGUUCACAAUUUAUCGGAUCCACUAACAAAAGUAGAACAACUUGCGAAGAUGGCAGUUCGAUUGACCGCUUUAAAACAUAGGGCUAUGAGACAAUUCACGUUCAAAAUGUGGGAAUAUAAAAAGCUUGGAAGGUCUUUCUUUCGAUUCGUACCAACUCGCGAUUUAGCAAAGUUAAAAGCUAUUCCGCGUGCUCUUCUUCACAACACAAAGAACACGCCUUACGGCAUACCCCAUGCUAUCCCAAUGUCUCUUUACAGACUUUUUCAAUGUACUAUCGCUGAAAAGGGAAUAGGGGAACAAUGUGAUCAUAGAUUGAGGGAUUCCGACGAUCUUAGUUUGAUUUUACGGAGUUUAGAAAAAUAUACUAAGCUAAGCAGUGGAACAUUUAGGAGAAGAUUGUGUGCUCAGAUCGUCAAUAAAAGUAUUUCCUACAUGGUCAAAUACAGAACCACUUUCCAUAAAAUAACUAAACUUGACCAAAGCGUUAAAGAACAAAGGAAACUAAGGUUAAGGGGUAGGAGGCUUAAAGGAAUAUACACUUUGUUAGCUCAAAUCGUUAAUUGGAAAGUUGAGGGAAUAUUAGCCAACCAUCCACAAUUGCAACAAGAAUUGAUGGAUUAUAAAGAAAUAGAGAGCAAUACAAAAAGUAUCAGUUCCAGUACACAAACAAUGUCAGAAGAUGAAGAAGAAACAGAUGAUUUACAAACAUCUACUGAAGGAAUUAACUCACUGAUGUGUUAUAGGAAUAGCAUAGAGAAUCUGUCACAAAAUGGUGAUGAUUUUCAGACAACAGAAGAAGGAAUCGUUGGGCGUUAUAAUACAUUAAUAAGUGAAUUAAAGGAUAUCCAACAACUAACGAGGCCCAAGUCAUUUUCCAAACAAAUAAGAAAUAAAAAAAGGGACUGUUAUCUAGUGAUACGUUCAAUGUACACAAAUCUCAAAAUGGGCAAAAUAAAUAGUCAUCGCAUUGCAAAAUCGAUAAACGUUUGGCUGCGAUUUGAUGCACAGAUUCGAAAUUUAAUGGAUGAUUUCAAUGACUAUAUUGUAAGGGUCAUCGAUUUUAGGUUAAAAAAUUGGCCUCCAAAGGAGGAAGAUAACCGACAUAACCUUUUCGAAUUCGAAAAACCUAAAACCGCCCCAAGACCAAUAGAGAAGCUCAAUGAAUGUACAUAUAAUAAAAAAUUAAGAGUGUUAAUUAAUAACAAAAACAAAAAAAUCCUAGGUGGCUAUAGGUCACUAAAACUAGGUACUGACUGGACUUCCAAGUACCACGAAAUCAUUCAAAGAAAAUUCAUUAAAGUAGAGCAAUUUCAGCAACAAAAGGAUAGUUAUGUCAUCCAAGCAGGUAAAAUGGCCGCCAAGGGUUGUGAAAAAGUUGUAAAGAAAUGUCUUUAUGCUCUCAGUCUUUUUGGUUUCCAGAAAAAAGACUUGGAACUGGCACUCUUAAUUUAUGCUAAAUUAAGAAUUAUGGUGAAAACGGAACCGAAGGUAAGAUAUCCUUGUAAAGACAAAUUAUUAGAAGAAAGAGGUUUUUUGAAUACAAAAUAUCAAAUAUAUACCGAGAUUAUUGAACAACACCUCGAAAAUACAUCUAAAUUUAAUUCUCAAUAUAUAUCGUGGAGAAGAUUGGAUAACAAUUUCAUGAAUAAGGUUAUGGUAGAAUAUUGCGGAAAUCAUAAACUGGGAAUAGAAAAAUAUUUUUACGGUCUCGAUUUGAGGCAAACGAAAACUAGGAAAUCCCUCAAUGAAAAUGAACUAUUCGAUCUUCAUGACUACAAAUAUUAUGAUUAUAAAUCUGAUGACGAUUUCUCCAACAAAUUAGAUUACUCCUCGGAUUCCUGCUAUGAAAAUAAAAUUAACGUAGCCGAUUGUUGUGUAUGUGAAGACAAAGUAGAAUAUCAUUUAGAUACAGAUAACAAUGUGGAUUGUAAAAUAAAUACUGGCAGAAGAAUUUCCAACACAAUAGAUAUGAAAGAAUUAGUCAGUACUGAUUCUAAUAAUCUCAAGUCCGAUAUAAUUUCUGUCAUACGUCAUCAUCACAUGUCCCUCAGAAAAUCCCAAUCUAAUUUCACAGACGAAAGUGAUACGGAAUCAUAUCCCGACCUCUAUAAAAACUCAAACAAUUUUCAUAAACAUUCUAGAAAGUUUGUAUUAAGAAACCUCAACCAUCAUAGACAAGAUAAGUAUUCAUAUAAAAUUGACGUAUCGUCUGAUAAUGAUUCUUCAUCAACUUCAUUCGAUACAAAAUUUAAGAAAAGUUACUUCCGAGAUAAAGACAAUAUGGUAAAACGUAUACCGGCUAUUAUGGAAUCGGACAUGAGAAUUCAGAGUCGGAGAAAAGAAAAGAAACAGAAAUUCGCCUUGAGGGUAAAACUGGGAGGUGAAUUGUGUUGGCGAAAAACACCUAAGAAAUUAAAAGAUACAUUUGAAAGAUUUUUGAGUUAUAAAUUAUCUUAUUUAGUGUUUAGUUGUCGCGAUUUUAGAAGACAUGUUGCUCCUGAGUAUCACUCUAUUUACUAUUUACGCAACUUACCUUUACUUAUAAGACAGCACAAAGACAAACCUCUCUUGUUCACCUCAAUAGCGAACUUUCGAUCCAGGAUUUUCGAAAGAGAUGAUAGAGAUAGAGUACGGUUCGAUCUAAAUAUAAGAAGAGGAACCGAAGAUAUGUUUUCCUAUUACAUGGAUCCAGACCAAAGCCUUUCGUCAAGUCAAUCAGGAAGCGAUAAAAGUAAAGAAAAAUUAAAGACAACCUCCAUAUUCCAUUACGAAAACUCGUUCUUAUCAAAGUAUAAUGACACUUACCACAAUUUAAAAGGUUAUGACUUUUUAAGAUUGAAAGAAGAAACAAGAAAUGAAAUCGAACACUUUAAACAAUUAUUAAGAUACGAAAAGGAAUGUUUGGUUCAAAAUGCCCAUAGCAAUGAUAUACUUAUGGAAAUAGCUGUAAGGGCAGAAGAAGGACACACGGAAGAGUCACUACUGAGCCAAAGAAGCUUCAUCCACAAAAUACGUCCUAAUUAUAAAUUUGGGGUCUAUAAUUUCGACCCCAAAGAAUGGCAAGAAAACUUUGAUUGGAUUAAAAAUAAUGUAUCGUUUGGUGAGCAUGUUCGAAAGAUAAAAAAAUAAAUUGAA